UUUGCUCAGGCGAUGCUUGACGUAGUGGCGCUUUCUGACAAGAGUCUGGAAAACCGAGAGCGCGCCCACAAGAACCACAUGCUGGCCUCUCAACUGAAGACUGACAAGGCAACCCUACAAGACGUCAACUCUCGCUUGGGAUACGAGUUGUCGUUGGUGAAGCAGCAGUUGUCUAAUGCAUUGGCUGCCGGGAGCGCCUCCGCUCGCGAGGAGAUGGAGAAGGAGCUAGCACUUCGAUCGAAAAAGAUUGAGGAUUUGGAGAAGGAUUUGCAUGCCGUGUCUACAGCCAAAGGGCGCCAGCAGGAGGAGUUCAGGAAGAAGCUAGCCAAGGAACGUGAGGAUGCUGUGGAUGGUCAUUUGGCAUCAGCGGAGUUUCGUGACUGGCAGCGGGAUCUUCUAAUUGGUGUGAAGAAGAGAGCUUUCAUUGGUAUCCGCAUGAAGGUUCGGUCC